AAUGAAGAUUUUUAAUUAUUAUUUCAAAUUUUUUCUUCAUUUGAAAACAUUAUUCAUUCAUCAUAAUCGAUUUAAGCAUUGACAAUAAUAAUAAGUGAUCAUAAGUGGAGUGACAGUUAUUUGGAAUUAUAUGAUAUAUCUUGUCUGUUGAAUUUGAUCGUAUAUAAAAUACUUUAAAACAAAUCGAAUCUUUGGAAUUUUUUUUUUGCUAUUUAUCUAAGAAAUGACUUAUCAAUCCGAGAGCGAUGAUAUUGAAAAAAUAAAAAUGCGUGACACGAAGGCUACAUCAUCAAAAUCUAAUAAAGAUCGUGGUCAAUGGUCUACCGGUAUCGAAUUUCUUCUGUCAUGUAUUUCGAUGUCAGUUGGUUUGGGAAAUGUUUGGCGUUUUCCAUAUGUUGCCUACGAAAAUGGCGGAGGAGCAUUUCUUAUUCCAUAUUUUAUUUUACUUUGUCUGAUUGGUCGACCAAUCUAUUAUUUGGAAUUAAUACUUGGCCAAUUCAGUGGCCGAGGACCGAUCAAAGUAUGGAAAUGUGUUCCAGCAAUCAAAGGAUUGGGCUUUGCUCAACUUUUAUCAACAUCAUACAUUGCAAUAUUCUAUAAUUAUCUGAUGGCUAUUUCCAUCUAUUAUUUUAUUGCUUCAUUCUCACCAACAUUGCCAUGGACUAAUUGUGAUCAAUCUCAAUCGUUUAAUGUUAGCUGUCCAGAAUUUUAUUACGAACGAAUUGUUUUGAAUAAAUCCGAUGGUCUUUGGGAUCUGAAUUCUAUUAGCAUCGAAUUGAUAGGAUGCUUAUUUGUUUCCUGGACGCUUGUUUAUCUAAGUAUUGUCAAAGGGAUAACAUCAUUGGGCAAAGUUGCCUAUUUUACCGCCAUUUUUCCAUAUGUUGUUUUAAUAACAUUACUUGCUGUUUCAUUGACUCAAGAUGGCGCUAUCAAUGGAAUUCUUUAUUUCUUACGACCGGAUUUUGCAAAACUUUUGGAUCCAAUUGUUUGGUAUCGUGCAGUGGAACAAUCAUUCUUUUCAUUAGCUGUUUGUUUUGGAUCCUUGAUAAUGUAUUCAAGUUAUAAUAAUUUCAAUAAUAAUGUAAACAAAGAUGCCAUCAUUAUUAGUGUAUUGGAUACAUUUACUAGCCUUUUAGCUGGAUGUGUAAUAUUCUCCGUAUUGGGAGCGAUGGCAAAUGAAAAAGGUGUCGAAAUCAAGGACGUCGUAACAAGUGGCACUGGUUUAGCAUUUAUCGCCUACCCUGAAGGAUUAAGUAAGAUAAAAUUUCUUCCACAAUUAUGGUCAAUAUUAUUUUUCUUCAUGCUGUUCACAUUGGGCAUUGGAAGCUCCGUGGCCAUGAUUGAAACGAUAUUAACUUGUAUCAAAGAUGAAUUCGAAUCGUUACAUAAACACAAAGCAAAAUUAGCGUUGGCAUUCUGUGUCUUUUUCAUGUUACUAGGAAUACCAUUAACUACAGAUGCUGGAUCGUACAUUAUGUUACUGUUGGACAAUUAUGGUGUUGGUACAGCAGCUUUUCUUUAUGGUAUCAUACAAAUGGUGGCCAUUGCUUAUAUUUAUGGACUAAAUAAUUUUAAUGAUGAUAUACAUUUUAUGCUCAAACAAAAGCCUUCAUUAUAUUGGAAGCUGACAUGGGGAUUCAUUACUCCAUCCGUAUUGGCUAUCAUAUUCAUCUAUGGUAAUAUUCUCAUAAUGAUGGAUGAACGAGUCAAACCAGGUAUACCGAAUUGGGGAAAUCAUAUCGGUUAUGUUCUAGCUGGAACAGCAAUCAUUCAGAUUCCGUUCUGGAUGUUGAUGACCAUAAGCAAACAAAAAGGUGCUACCCUUUUUGAGAAAAUACAAUUGGCAUUUAGACCAACCAAUGAUUGGGGACCAAUCGAUGAGGAAAUAUUCACUGAAUGGUCACACUUCAAAGUUGACAAUACUUUUAAUAAAGUGUUCAAUAACCAUAAUCCUCACUCGGAUCCGACAUCGAUUAUAACCAAUUUUAAAGAGGAUGGUUCUGAUAAUUUUGGUUUCUCAUCGGAUGAAAUUGGAGCAAGAUUAUCAGUGAAAAGUUCUUCUAAUAAAAAAUCCAAUUCUACACAUUUGGACAACAAACUAGUCAAAUAAAUAAGCCCGAUCAUCAUCGUCAACAACUAUUAACCAUUCUACGAUUUCUCUCAAUCAGAAAAAUUAACAUUCCAUAAAUGAUUGUUUUUU